CCCUGCACAGUCUGAGAGGAGCAGGAGGGAGAAGCAGAGAGAGAGAGAGAGAGGGAGAAAAUAAAGGAGGGAAGGGGAAAGAGGAGAAGCAGGAUCCUUCUGCAUUGUAUGGAUCGUCUAUUGGAGCAAGGAGGGGCAUGUAAGAGGGAGGGACGUCAGAGAUUCCUAUCAGUGUGUUGGUGAAAGCAGGAGAGAGAAGAGCUGUGCACGUAUGUAUGCAUGUAUGUGUGUGUGUGUGUGAGGGAGGGAGUGUGCAUGAGUGUGUGUGCGUGAUGUGCGGCGGACCCGUUGAACCUGUGCGACGGCGUCUCUAUCGGAAAAGGCUUCAGAGGCGGUCAGAGAGCCGUUUGAGCAGUGACUCGCCUCAGCACCUCCUCCUCCUCCUCCACCUCCUGUGUGUUGUCAUGCUCAACGCCUGAUGCGCUCAGAGGACACAGGCGGCCCCCGGGAGAGACAGCGAGAGAGGGGCGUGAUGGCCGGACGCGCCCUGACUCCCGGUCAUGCAUCUCCACAUACGUCCGCCCGGUGCUCGCUUCUGCUGCUGCUGCUGGCUUCUCCUCCUCCUCCUCCUCCUCCUGAUUCCCACCUUCGUCAGUGUCCUUCCCGUGCGUCUCCUGCCUGCCUUCCUGCUCUCUGAAUGGAUGCUGCUGUCAACACACAUGUGUGGCUUGCAGUGAGAGCCCAUGAUCUGGACUGGACUUGCCUGCAGCUCUGGGUGCACUGUGCCACGCCGCUUUAGGGUGACACUAAUGAAUUUUUAAAGACUUCACCUUUUCACUUUACAGCUGCUGUUCAUCACAUUCUUGAUGACGUAUGAUGCGGGGCAGUUGUUAUUCUGAAUUGAAUCGAGGUUGUUUUUUUUGCUGUGAGUGAAGAGGAUGGACUGAGCAACAUAUAAGAUGGUGCUGCACAUAGAAAUAAGGUCAAGUAAAUAAUUAUCAUCAGGAAUGAGGCAUCAGACGCCAUAAUGAAGAUUUAUGUCUCAGCAGCUGCAUACAUAUGCAGUGAAUAGAUUUUAAUUGGGUGUUUUCUAGGAACAAAAGAGCUGCUUGGACUGCGCUGACAGUGCGCUGAAGGCUGUCAGUAAGUGUGUCUGUGUGCCAGAGAAUUUAAAAUUACAGCCAAACGAAGGAAUCCGUGACUGACAUUAAAAUCCGAAACAAAGAAACAGGGAUUUGGGGGAUGGAUGAAACCAGCAGCUCCUCUGCCGUUGUAUCUUCCGAUGACAAACUUAAUCUCCCUCCGUGUAAGUUUUUUGUCUCUGUCGUGCCGUCGGAUUCUGGCGAACUUGUUCAUGUCGCUCUGUCUGGUUUCAUUCAUCUACUGUGUGUCUACUGAAGCCUGACCACAUGAGUGGAGGCGGCGCCCUGCAGCAACGCACCACCUACCUCAUCUCCCUCACCCUGGUCAAGGUAGAGGCCGUGGAGGAGAAUGGAGGGGAGGCCAAGAACGGCACCCAGGGGAAGGAGGUGGAGGCCGGGUCAGGAGGAAGGGCAGGGGCCAGAGCGGAGGCCGGAGGCGGAGCUCCUGCACAGGCUGAGAACGGAGCCGGGGUGGUUUCAGCACAGCCGCAAAGAGGUGGUGAUGAUGCUGCUGUGAAGUUAAAUGAUGAACUCAAAGAUGGGGAGAGAAAACCCCUCAGCCCUCUGAAAGAUCAGCCGCCCUCUGCCGCUGACGUCCCGAGUAAAGGAAGCGAAAAGCCACCGUGCAACCUCUCGAUCCCCUUACCCGCUGAGAGAAUUCAGAAGACAAAGUCGGCGGAGACGGACUUAGCGAGAGUCGAGAAGACGCUCCCCACGCCAGAGGCGAAGCAAUGCAGGUCCCCAUCUCUGACCACGCCGCCGACGGAGGUGUGCGUCGAGCCCAGCCGCACCCCGACCAGGACCAGCCUCCCCAUCCGCCCGGCGGGACAGCGGCCCGUGAGUCUGCUGAAGUCUCACAGCAGCGUGGCCACCCGCGGCCGCGAAUCCAGGGACGGCAGGGAGCGCAGCCCCACCUCGGCUCAGAGCCUGGACCGCAAGGACUGCCGCAUGCCGACGCGCUCUCCAGGCCCCUGCAGGGCCUCGUGGGCCGAGGCGAGCAGGCCCGAGGGAUGGAGAGACCUGCGGGACGAGGCUCAGGCCGGAAUACCUCUGGAGAUUGGCGGUGCCGUGAUGAGAGACAUCCCCAGGAAGGAAAGGCUAAAGACGGGUUCGACCUCCCUUCCCGCGCCGCCUACCCAGGCACCCAAACCGGCCCGCAAAGGUAAAAGCCGCACGCUGGAUAACAGCGACCUGAACAGCCUCUCUGAAGACCUGGGUCUGGUCCGGGAGGCCCAGCAGGCGCAGCACGGCCAACGAGGCUCCGCUAAAGACAGAAAGAUGCUGAAGUUCAUCAGUGGUAUUUUCACAAAGAGCAGCUCGGGGGCGGCGGGGUCGUCCUCCACUGCACCUCCUGUCUAUAUACAGAGAGACUCCAGUGAGGAGGAAGUAAAUAUCGCCAACAGCCAGGAGUGGACCCUGAGCAGAUCUAUCCCAGAGCUAAGACUGGGCAUUUUGGGAAGUCUGAAAAGCGGAAAGUCAGCGCUGGUGAACAAAUACAUUACGGGCAGUUAUGCUGCACUUGAGAAGUCUGAGGGUGGCAGGUAUAAAAAGGAAGUGCUGGUGGACGGACAGAGUCAUUUAUUACUGAUCCGGGAAGAAGCUGGCCCACCUGAUGCACAGUUCUGCAGCUGGGUUGACGCAGUGAUCCUGGUCUUCAGUUUGGAGAAUGAGGCCAGUUUCCAGGAGCUCUACCAGCUCUACAGCCAGCUCAGCUCAUUCCGCACAGACAUCCCCGUCAUAGUGGUCGGCACCCAAGAUAAAAUCAGUAGCACCAACCCCCGUGUGAUUGAGGAUCAGAGAGCGAGACAACUGUGCAUCGACGUGCGUCACUCGCUGUUUUAUGAGACCUGCGCCACCUAUGGGUUCAACGUGGACCGAGUGUUUUCAGAGGCUGCCCAGAAGAUUGUAGCUCAGAAGAAACAGGCGGCGCUUCAGGCCUGCAAGUCUCUUCCAAACUCGCCGAGUCACUCUGGAGGCUCCACACCUGGAUCAGCAUCGCUCCCUGGCCAGGCCAGUAAUGGCCCCAGUAGUGGCUACGCCUACUCCCUCCCCUCCACCCCCGUGGUCAGCCACAGAGAGCUGCGGGCAGCACAGGGAGAGGGGGGAGGUAGCGUCAACUCGCGUACGCUGAAGAGCAUCCCCAGACGGCCCUCUCUCUUCAAGAACCGGGACACGGAUAAGAAAGCUGGUGAUCCUAAAGGAGACCUGAGCAGCGUGCGGGGCGUUCCCAUCAAACAGAGCAUCCUGUGGAAGAGAAGCGGUAGCUCUCUGAACAAGGAGUGGAAGAAGAAAUUCGUCACCCUGUCCAACAAUGGCACGCUGUCUUACCACUCCAGCUGCAAUGACUACACACAGAAUAUCCACGGAAAAGAAAUCGACCUGCUUCGUGUGACUGUUAAAGUUCCUGGGAAACGUCCUCCGAGAGCCGUGGCUCCUGCGGGCCCCUCACCUGUCCCCCACGGCUCUGUACCUGGAGUUAAUGGACUGAGUAAGGAGCUGACAGCUGCUGAUAGCACCAGUACAGUUCCUCUGUUGUGUCCAGCCACCCUGUCAGUGGUUGACGAUCGGUCUGGUGGUUUGUCGCCUCAAGGCGGAGAGAGAGGACUUCAGCGCUGUCCAUCCUCAUUGUCCACCAAAGCACAAAGUGUCGAUGCCCUCGAAGGGACAGCCAACCCUUUUGCUGGAAAAGACCCCGGCCAGGCGUCUCCCAUGAGCGACCGGAAGAAGAACAGGAGGAAGAAGAGCAUGAAUCAGAAAGGAGACACGGCUGUCGGGCAGGCUGAAGCCAAACGCAAAAUGUGGAAGUUAAAGAGCUUUGGUAGCUUGAGAAACAUUAAUAAGACAGAGGAGGAAAACGCAGACUUUAUCAUAGUGUCGUUUACCGGGCAGACGUGGCACUUUGAGGCUCAGAGCCUGGAGGAAAGGGACUUGUGGGUGACAGCAAUAGAGAGCCAGAUUCUGGCGAGUCUUCAGUCCUGCGAGAGUGGACGAAACAAGGCACGUAGGAGCAGUCAGAGUGAGGCUGUGGCGCUUCAGGCCAUCCGUAACGCCAAGGGCAACGGUCUGUGUGUGGACUGCGAAGCACUGAAUCCCACCUGGGCUAGCCUCAAUCUGGGUGCACUGAUCUGCAUCGAGUGCUCAGGGAUCCACAGGAACCUGGGGACUCACCUGUCUCGCGUUCGCUCGCUGGACCUGGACGACUGGCCCGGAGAGCUCACGCAAGUCCUGGCUGCCAUCGGAAACCACAUGGCCAACAGCAUCUGGGAGAGCUGCACGCGGGGCGGAACCAAACCCACACCUAAUGCAACACGUGAGGAAAGAGAGUCCUGGAUUCGAGCUAAGUACGAACAGCGGGCGUUUGUGGCUCCUCUUCAGCCGGGCUCGGGGACCCAGCCGCUGGAGGACAGUAUGCCAGGGUGGCUGCUGUCGGCGGUGACUGAGAGAGAUCUGCCCAGACUGCUGCUUCUUCUGGCCCACAGCACCAAGGACCAGAUCAACGCUCAGCCGGCCGGGUCCAAUUCGCUGCCUCGUACGGCCCUGCACGCCUCCUGUCAGCUGGGAGAUGUAGUCAUGACCCAGCUGCUCGUCUGGUAUGGAAUCGAUGUGAAAGCGAAAGAUAACCAAGGCCAGACGCCCAUGAUGAUGGCCAGGAAAAACGGGAGCAAAGGCUGCAUGGAUAUCUUGCUCCAACAUGGCUGUCCGAACGAGCCGUCCCCCACCACUGCCACACCUGUCCUCUCCCGCCGGUCCAGCACUGCCAGCCUGGGCCGAACCAGCUCCAGGAAACGGGUGUCGUAGCGUGGACUUAGGAUACAGGCAGAGCUGCCUUCAGAGAGAGGUGUACUAUACAGAAAAAUGACAGGACUAUAUCAUCGUACUAAGGAUAAAAAAAAUGCUCCUGAAGACUGAACAACAUAUCAAACAACUUAAAAGCAAUAUUCAUUCGAUUUGUUGAUGACAGAUAUAUUGCUGAGAUACUGUGUUGUUGUUGACCUCAUUUCAAAAUGACUCAAGUAGAAGUUUGUAGCUGUCUUCUGUAAUUCUAGUGCAGACGCUCGAUCUGCCUCUGUUUCACUUCCUCCAGAAGAAGUGCAAUAAUCCAGCUAUGACAAUGAAGAGCAACAAGUUUUAGAGUAAACUGUCAGAUGACUGCUUGGUCACUGUUGUGAGAGAAUUACCACAUCAAGAGGUUGAUGCUUUUAUUCAAAUUUGUUGUGACUGGACCAAAACAGCUUUUUUUUUCUUCUUCUUUUGGCUUUACAAAUAAAACAUAAACCUACAAUAUGUCAUGUUGUUAGUUAUGUGUGCCUGUUGCAGCAGUAUAAAGGUCAGUUUAUAUAUAAUUGAAUCAGCUGAGAUAAAUCUGCUUAGACUAGAAAAAUGAAUGGUUUGGAAUAUGAAAUAUGUCAGUGUUACUCUCACAGGUCAAAGAUAUGGCAUUUUAAUAUACUGUAAAUGUACCUAUACUACAAACUUAAUGUUAAACUCUGUAAUGAAGACACAACUGAAAAAUCAGACUCAGUUUUGUAAAUGAUUUCUUACUGGUAGUUUUGAAAAUAUGUCAAGUUUGUUUUUUCAUUGUCUUUUAUAAUUUCUUAUUCUCCAACAUGUCAUAAAAGCAGAAACCAGUGAAGAAAUGCUUUUUACAUAUGUAAACAUGUGGCUAUUUGUUAAAAAGUUUUAUUUGGGAUAGCCAGAGGACUACAUGAAGACUAAAACAUUAUUCAUCCUCAUGUUACUGUUGUGUAGGUCUAUCCCAUGAGUUUACAGUAAAGUAUGAGGCGGUUACAGGUGUCACUGUUACUUCUGACACUUUGUGGGUCAUGUGAAUCCCCCAUGAGCAAAAAGAAAUGGUUACUGGAAUAAAAUAAACUUUUUUUUUUUUUAAAUUAGCAUUAU